GCCUUCGGGAGUGCGGUUCGUGCUUCGUGUGUACGUGCAUUGUGCUUGGGUUGGUUUGCAUGUCGCUUGAGAGCGCGCUUCGUUCAAAACUUGUUCUUGAUGGCUGCCUAAUGUGCCAAUAGUAAAUUAAGGUAGUGCUUAAAGUGCAGUGUUACAAUGAGGAUUGCCACUUACGAAGCGAUCAUAGAAAAGCUGCAUUCGCUCGAUCGUCGCGAUUGUUUGGGCGAGUUGCAAUCAUGUUUUCCCGACGUUAGCGAGGUCACUCUUCGCAGCAUCAUUUCGGCCGAAGUCCAGCGGAAGAUCAAGCGAACAUACCACACGCUGGUGUCACCUGAAGUUGCGAGUGAACAUUACAAAUAUUACAGCACGUGCGUUGCGGCAUCCGAGACGCCGGGCUUUCUCCUCCGUUACGCCGACCAGCAGGGUGUCACUCCGGCCCUCAUGGCGCGCGUCAUCAUCGAGAAACACUACGAGAAGACAGCGGAACCUCCAUCAAGGCAAGAUAUCAGUCAAAUGCUGAAAGACAGUGCCACCAUCAAAGACGGAGCCUUGGCGACAGAAGUGUUUAUAUGCGUAAUUAACGACAAGACCUACGGACCCUUGGCUGACGGCAUGAAAAAUGCGAUCGGUUUGGAGUACGAAGUUCAUCUCAAGACCGAGCUUGCCGACUUGGGGCUGGCUUUCGCGGACGAGAACGUGCUUAGAGAACGCGGCUACGACAAGACCCCGGACGUCAAGCUCGAGUUACCCAUCCUAGUCGACGGCAUGGUCGUCACAUGGGUGGAAAGCAAGGCGCAGUUCGGCGACCCUGACGGUCACAGAAUUUAUGUGCGCGACCAGUACCAGAGCUACUGGAACCGCUUCGGACGCGGCCUAGUCAUCUACUGGUUCGGCUUCGUCGACGAGAUUGUCUCUACGCGCGACGAAGGAUUCAUCGUUAGAGACCACAUGCCCAAGAACAUUGAACGCAUGGAAGAAAUUCUAGGUGUUACUUUAAACUGACGUUGUCAAAAUAAAACAGGACACUCGCCUGAGGUUCAAAAGGAAAUUUAACUUUCCUUUUGAACCUCAGGCGAGUGCCUGUUUUAUUUUGACCAUGUAUCACCCUCGCCUGACGAGUUUUCGUCGAACUUUAGACCUAUUUUAAACUGACGUGUGCCAAAAACGUUAUACCGUGUAUGUGCCGAACGUAACGUACGUACGUCACCCGUCACGGCUGCUCUGUGGUUCUGCAGCAGAACACGAGGUCGUGGUAUCAAGUCCCGUCUGCGACCGCCGCAUUCCGAUAGGGGACGUAAUGCAAGUACGUUCAACUUGCC